UUGACAGAGAGCGUUUUAGUUGUUACUCUUUUCCCUUUUUACUUUGCUUCUUUCACUUCAACAUCAUGUCAGAACUCGAAGAAGAAAAAUCAUAUGAAGUCUUGGCUCAUAACAACGUUUCCGACUUCUUGACUCGCCAUGUACCCAAACAAUUUACCAGCCCUCGUCAAACCUGUUAUCGCCAUAGAACCGAUAUCGCCAGAGUACUUGUUCCCGAAGAGCUGUCCCGUGUAGCUGUCCAAAAGCAACUUGAAAACUUACCCAAAGCUGAUCAAAACGCUAUAUCACAUAUAUGGUCUAUUUUUUCUGCCGCCCCAGCGAAUCAACGACUACUGAUGCUUCAAGGCAUUGUUUCCACUUGCUGCAUGCCCCAAUUGUCAUUCUUGGCAUCGGCUGUAGAGCCAUUAUUGAGGAUCGAUUUUUUAGCUGUUCUUCCUCAUGAGGUCUCCCUCAAGAUCCUUUCACACCUAGACGCAAAGUCCCUUUGCCAUGCUGCUCAAGUUAGCCGAACAUGGAAACAUCUUGCAGAUGACGAUAUCGUAUGGCAUCGAAUGUGCGAGCAACACAUCGAUAAGAAAUGCACAAAAUGUGGAUGGGGACUUCCUCUUCUAUACAACAAGAAAGCUAUGCGCAAACGUCAACGAUCAUCUGAUGGCGUUACGGCAGCCUGUGGCACAAAAUUAGUUGAAUCUUCUACUGGUGAUAGCAACGCACCGCAAGAUCAACCAAGUAAACGCCGUAGAGUUUCUCAAGACACUGACAUCAAGUCAGCCACACCUGACGCCCAUCGUCGUCCAUGGAAGGAUGUAUACAGUGAACGGCUUGUUGUCGAGCGAAAUUGGAGAACCAACAAAUAUACUGUUCGUACACUCAAAGGUCAUAAGGACGGUGUUAUGUGCGUCCAGUUCUGUGAAAACAAGAAUCGACUCAUCAGUGGUUCAUACGACAAAACUGUUCAUGUUUGGAACCUUGAGACUGGAGAAAUACUCAAGGUACUGACUGGUCAUACACGAUGCGUUCGUGCACUACAAUUUGAUGACGCAAAGCUAGUCACUGGUUCUAUGGACAACACGCUCAAGAUCUGGAACUACAACACUGGGCACUGCAUUCGAACUCUUCAAGGCCAUACGGACGGUGUUAUCAGCUUACACUUCGAUUCCAGAAUCUUGGUCAGCGGUUCUGCCGACAAGAAUGUGAAGGUUUGGAACUUCCUGACUGGAGAAUGCUUUACGCUCCACGGACACACCGACUGGGUCAAUCAAGUCAAGAUUCAUCGGCAAUCGAUGGUUGUCUCCGCAAGUGACGACACCACUAUUCGGGUAUGGGAUUUGAAUACUCGGACAUGUCUAAAGGUGCUUGAAGGACAUGUCGGCCAAGUUCAAGCUGCUAUUCCCAGCAUGCAUGGAUUUGCUCAUCGAUUUGUGCUGCCAAAGCAAAAGCCCGAAGUAAAUACACCUGAAGAAAUAGAGCAAGAGCAAUUGCAUAGCUGUCGGCAAGAUCAGCAGCAGCAACAGAGAGCUACUAGUGAAGAGCGCCAGAUGCCCAUUCAACAACAAGAAAAGGCAGAAGAUGGUCAAUCCAGCACCGAAGUCAUCAUUUCUGGCUCACUUGACAAUACUCUGAAAGUCUGGUCAAUGGAAACCGGUGAAUGUCUCCGUACUCUUUUUGGCCAUGUAGAAGGUGUUUGGAGUGUUGCCUUUGACAAGCGCCGCUUCGUAUCUGGCUCCUCAGAUAGUACCAUUCGUGUCUGGGAUGCCGAUAGUGGACAAGCACUACAUACCCUGAAGGAGCACGACAAAGGUGUUACAUCUGUCUCCCUCAGUGACACCAAAAUCAUUAGUGCAUCUGAAGAUGGAGAAAUUCGUAUUUUCGACUACGGUAUGCAAGUUUAAAUCAAUUUGGAUCAAUGUAGACUACUUAAUCUUAGAGAUCAAAAGCAUUACUACCUCACUCAACAUAUACCCCAUUCUAAAAAUGCC